UAUAUCCCGUAAUUAGCUCAUCCCAUUUACCUUUUCAACCUGUACACAUCCAUUCGGUAUGGAGAUCUGGUGAAGAUCGAUCACAACCAACAUUCAUUUGAAACCCUCAUUAUCCUUUCUCCGAUCCUUUGAUAAUAUUAUCUAUUCUCUCUCUAUAAAAUUUCAGAGCGUUAAGCUAUCCAAAAAAAGUGGUUCCAAGCUAGAAUACAAUACACUAUUAAUUGUCGUUCGUCGGUCACUUUACGCAGAGAAGUUGUUGAUUUCGAUAUGACGACUCCAGCCUCACAACCGGAGCUCUUUGAGCUCAGCAAUGGCUCCAUGAAGGUCAAGAUCACCAAUUUAGGUUGCACCAUCACAUCCUUGGAAGUUCCUGACAAAAAUGGAAAUUUGGCUGAUGUUGUUCUAGGAUUCGAUUCCAUUGAGCCAUACCAGAAAGGUUUAGCACCAUACUUUGGUUGCAUAGUGGGGCGAGUAGCAAAUAGGAUCAAGGACGGCAAAUUUAGCUUGGAGGGAGUUGAAUACACUCUGCCUCUCAACAGGCCCCCAAACAGCCUCCAUGGUGGUAACAAGGGCUUUGACAAGAUGGUCUGGGAGGUUGCUCAACAAACUCAAGGCCAAACCCCUUCCAUAACCUUCAAGUACCACAGCCGUGAUGGAGAGGAAGGGUACCCUGGCGACCUUGCGGUGACCGCAACUUAUUCACUGAUAUCGAACACUACACUGAAACUCGAAAUGGAAGCAGUGCCGGACAAGAAAGCCACUCCGGUCAGCUUAGCGCAGCACACAUACUGGAACCUCGCCGGACACAGCCACGGGACCAUAUUGGACCAUUCUAUCCAGAUUUGGGGCUCUCAUGUCACUCCAGUCGACCAGAACACGCUCCCCACGGGGGAGAUCCUCUCGGUGAAAGGGACGCCUUUCGAUUUCACGGCCGAGAUGAAGAGGAUCGGGGCCUCGAUCCACGAGGUCGAGGGCCCGGGCUACGACCACAACUACGUGCUGCAGCAGGAUGGCAAUGGGGAUCAGAAGUAUUCGGGCCUGAGGCUCGCCGCCAAGCUCAGGGACCCUUCCAGCGGCAGAGCCAUGGCUCUGUGGACCAAUGCGCCAGGGAUGCAGUUCUACACGGCCAACAAUGUGAAUGGGAUUGCGGGGAAAGGUGGGGCGAACUACGGGAAGCACUCUGCGGUCUGUUUGGAGACUCAGGGGUUCCCCAAUGCUGUGAAUCAGCCGAAUUUCCCUUCUGUGAUUGUGCAGCCUGGGCAGAAGUACCAGCAUGCCAUGGUGUUCGAGUUUUCAGCUGAAUGAGGAACACAGUGUGUGUGUGGGUGCGUGGGGCUUUAUUUGAGUGGAGUUCAUACAGAUACUGGUUCAGUAUGUUAUGAUCAUAUGAUGAACAUAUCAAUUGAGGAAGUUCUGGCACUCUGUUUCUAAUAUAAACAGAGUGUUCUGUUGCUUUAGUAUAAUGUUUUGAUUAGUAUCCUUUCACAUUCACAUGGAGACUUAGAUGAUCAAGGAAAAUUAAUAAGAAGAUAUAUGGUUUGUUUUCUUAUGAAGGAGAAGAGUAAGAUUGAUAUAUGCUCCAUUCCCACAGAUUCUGAUAGUUGUUACAUUUUAACUUGGUUAGUUAUUGUUCGGGAUAUUGAU